AUGGCUAAUGCGGCUGCUAUUGCUGAGAGGGCAACUAGUGAUAUGUUGAUUGGUCCAGACUGGGCAGUGAACUUAGAGCUAUGCGACGUCAUAAAUAUGGAUCCUGGGCAAGCAAAGGGUGCACUGAAGAUACUCAAGAAAAGAUUGGGAAGUAAAAACCCUAAGAUACAGCUCCUUGCAUUGUUUGUUCUGGAGACUCUUACAAAAAAUUGUGGGGAGAAUCUGUUUCAGCAGAUUGUUGAGCGGGAUAUUCUACACGACAUGGUCAAAAUUGUAAAGAAGAAGCCUGAUUUAAAUGUGAGGGAGAAAAUCUUAAUCUUAAUAGACACUUGGCAAGAAGCAUUUGGGGGACCCAGGGGAAGGUUUCCCCAAUACCAUGCUGCAUAUAAUGAACUGAAGUCUGCUGGUGUAGAAUUCCCACCUCGAGACGAAAACAGUGAACAGCUAUUCGCCCCACUACAAACACAUCCAGUAGAGUAUUCUGCUUCUGCAUAUGAGGAAGCUGCUGCUUCUGCAUAUGAGGAAGCUGCUGUCCAGGCCUCUCUUCAGUCUGAUUCCUCUGGACUCAGCUUGCCAGAAAUUCAAAAUGCUGAGGGACUAGUGGAUGUUUUGAUGGAAAUGCUUCGUGCCUUGGAUCCAAAGAAUCCUCAGGGUGUAAAGGACGAGGUGAUCACUGACCUUGUUGAACAGUGCCGUUCAUACCAAAAGCAAGUCACUGUUCUCGUGAAUAAUACUGUAGACGAGGAUCUUCUAUGCAAGGGAUUAGCACUGAAUGAUAAUCUGCAGCGCGUUCUAAGCAAACAUGAUGAAAUUGCCAGAGGAACCGCGGCAGUUGCAUUAGGGACAACAGAAACUCCAGCUGCACCUCUUAUGAAUGUCAAUCACGAGGAUGAUGAGUCGGAAGAGGAUUUUGCUCAGUUAGCACACAGAUCAUCAAGAGAUACGUUGCAAGGACCAUCACAGAAGCCCAUUGCUGGCAAGAGUGAACCUACUUGGACCAAACCAAUUCUUCCGCCACCAUCAUUAACUAAACCUUCUAGCUCUGACUCUGGUACGGUGGAUUAUCUUAGUGGGGAUUUUUAUGAAUCAGAACGAUCUUCGAGAAGAUCAGGAUCAACUUCGAUUGCUGCUCGAUCUCAGACAAAGGACCGAAACUCAACCCCUAAUGUGAACCCGAAGUUGUCCGACUCCCCUCCAGAUGAUUUGUUAAAUCCGACAGCUUCAAUUUUUACUCCAGAAUCCUCAUAUGCCAAACCUGCUCCAAAAAGCAAAUCUUCUGACGAGUUGCCUCCGGCUCCUUGGGAUGUUCCUGUCUCCAGCCCACUCCCGCCUCCACCUUCACGGUAUAACCAGAGGCAACAAUUUUUCAAGCAAAACUCUUAUGGCCGUGAUCUCUCUCACUCGAGUAGCGAAUCUGGUGGUUCUUAUGACAGCUUAGUCGGGCAAACUCAGAAUCUCUCCAUCAAAUCGCCAGCCACUACCCGGCAAGAAAAUUCUACUGAAGAUGCACUCUUCAAAGAUCUGGUUGAUUUUGCAAAAGCCAAGUCCUCAUCUCCUAAACCCAAUAGGUCCUUUUAA